CCCUCCUCCUUCCUUCUCCAUCUUCCUUUCUCCCUCUCCUCCUGCUCCGCUCCUCUCCCCCCUUCCCUCGGUGUUGUCAGCGCCGCUGCGCGUCGCGUGCGGCGUGGGCCGAGGAAAAGUGAACAUAUGUUCCGCCGACACUGGGGAAUGCUUGAGCACGCUGGACGACCACGUGGACCUGGUGCAGUCCACCAUGUUCUCGCCCGACAGCCUGGAGGUGCUCACCGCCUCGGCCGACGGCACGGCAAAGAUCUUCUCCGCGGCCUCGGGGGAGUGCCUGCGCACGCUGGAGGGCCACGGGGGCGAGGUGGAGUCAGGCGCGUACUCGCCCGACGGUCGGGAGGUGCUCACGGCCUCGUGCGACGGCACGGCGCGGCUCUGGUCGGCCGCCUCCGCGGAGUGCCUGCGGACGCUGGCGGGCCACGAGGGCCCGCUCCACGCCGCCGCGCUCUCGCCCGACGGCGCCCUCGCGCUCACGGCCUCCCUGGCGGUGACGCUGUGGCACGCGGGCUCCGGGGAGUGCCUGCGCGUGCUGCGGGGCCACGCGGGGGGCGUGACGGCCGCCGCCUUCUCGCCGGACGGCGAUCGGUUGUAG